CCGGAAAUCUAAAAGACACCGGAAAUAAAGUGGCCAUGAAAGGUUAAAUGUUCUAGUCAUUCUAGUGUUACUUCGCUGGCAGUUCCGCGAGGUGGUUUGGAACUUUUCCAUCCGGGACUCUUUGGCGUUCGUGGGCGGAAGUCGCGGCCCUGGUGUGCGGUGUGCAGAGCUCUCGGAGGUGCAGCCUGAGGGAUUUUCAUUGUCUUAGAGCUCCCGGGAUCCCUGAAAUCAUUCAGGCCUCAGGAUUUCCUGCUGUGCCACGGCUAGCCUUGCUUCAGCAUCUGUGACUCUUGAGGAAUUUCUAUUUGCUACCAAGAAACAUCAAGACUAGAAGAUCAGAGGAGACAUGGCUGCUGAUACGAAUUUCCAACAGAAGAUCCAACCAUUGGAUGCAGAGGUGCAGUGUGGGUCAUGUGAGAGGUGGAUGUCCUUUGAGGAUGUGACCGUGAACUUCAGCCAGGAGGAGUGGCAGCAGCUGAACUCUGCCCAGAGACGCCUGUACCAGGACGUGAUGCUCGAGAUCUACAGCCACCUCUUGGCAGUGGGGUAUCCCAUUCCCAGCCCCGGAGUCAUCUUUAGGAUGGAAAAAGGAAAGGAGGCACAGGCAGGAAAGGCUGAAUUUCCAGGCCAGCACUGUCAAGAAAAAUCAGGAAUUGACACCUCACCACAGACAGGAUCUGAGAAAGCUUCAGUUCAUAGUGAUAUGGCAAGUGAAGUCACAAGAGAUGGUUCAUGGUGUUCCCCUUUACAAGAACUACAGAAGGAUGCUGAUAUUGCUAAGAGAGAGAAACAAAACCAGUUUCUACCCUUGCCUCCUGGUACUCUCCUCAAGAAAACUCAGAGUACAAGUAGUGGUCAUAAAUAUCAAAAUCCUGGGGAAAUUAUUCCUUUGGGAUCCUACCUCAUUUCUACACAAGAGAAUCUCCCACGAUAUUGCUUACUUCCAAAAUGUUUGGAGCUAAACCUAGGAGCAAAUGGUCGGAAUGAAAGCAGUGUCACAGAACAGCUUAUUAACAUUGUUGCAUCCAGUCAGCUCCUGAUACAAGGCUCUUGUAAUGCUAACUGUGUGGUUACUGGUGGAGGAGAAGAAUCAUGCAGAAGUCCUGAGAAUGGAGAUGUUCUCAGCCAUAAACAACCAGCUAUACAUGAAAACCAUUCUCAGGAGAAAGCAGGUCCAGGUUCUCAGUGUGGGGAGGUAUUUUAUGCCAUAUCUGUGCAUAAACCUGAGAUCACUGUCACUCUGGACAGACCUAUUGUUUCUUACAAUGGUGGGAAGGCCUUCCUUUAUGUGUCAGAUUCAUCAAAUUAUCCAUUUCAGCUGAAGGUGGAUCAUCUAGGUCACACUGGAGGGGAGCUUUACAAAUGUAGCAGUUGUGAGAAAUCCUUUUGUACUGAGGCUGCACUCCAAGAGCAUGAGCAAAUUCACACAGAAGAGAAACCGUAUGUGUGUACACUGUGUGGAAAAGCCUUCAGAGAUAGGUCAGCUUUCUAUGAACAUGAAUUGAUUCACAAGAAUCACACGCCUUUUAUCUGUGACAAAUGUGGGAAGGCCUUCUUACGUAAGUCAGAGUUGACAUCCCAUAAACAAAGUCACAAUGGAGAGAAGCCUUACAAAUGCAAUGACUGUGGAAAAUCCUUUAAGUUUCCAUCUCAACUGAAGGUGCAUCAUCAAAGUCACACGGGUGAGAAGCCUUAUGAAUGCCGUGAGUGUGGAAAGUCAUUCAGUAAAACAGCCAAACUCAAGGUGCAUCAACGGAUUCACACAGGGGAGAAACCUUAUGUGUGUUCUCAGUGUGGAAAGGCCUUUAAUCAGAAAUCAAUACUAGACAGGCAUGAAAAACUUCACCCUGGGGAGAAACCUUAUAAAUGCAGUGACUGUGGGAAGUCAUUUAAUUAUCCAUCCCAACUGAAGGUCCAUUGCCAUAGUCACACAGGGGAGAAGCCUUAUAAAUGCCAUGAAUGUGGGAAAUCGUUUAAUUUCCCAUGUGAACUGAAGGUGCAUUAUCAGAAUCACACAGGAGAGAAGCCUUACAAAUGCCGUGAAUGUUGGAAACUGUUCAGUAAAAUGUCCCAACUGAAGGCACACUAUCGAGUUCACACCGGAGAGAGACCUUAUAAAUGCAGCCAUUGUGGAAAAGCCUUCUCUACUAAGGAACAAGUCCAAGAGCAUGAGCGAAUCCACACAGGAGAGAAACCCUUUGUGUGCACUGAAUGUGGAAAAGCCUUCAGUAGCAGGUCAUCUUUUCGUAAGCAUCAGUUAAUUCACACUAAAGAGAAGCCUUUUGUCUCUCAGAAAUGUGAGACAGGCCUCCAGGAGUCUGCUUUGAUACCCCAUCAGCAACUUCAUAUUGGUGAGAAGCCUUACAAAUGCCCUGACUGUGGGAAGUUGUUUAAUUAUCCAUCCCAACUGAAAUCCCAUUAUCAAAUCCACACAGGAGAGAAGCCUUGUAAAUGUCUUGAUUGUGGGAAAUCAUUUAGUAAAACAUCUCAACUGAAGGCACAUUCUCGAAUUCACACAGGAGAGAGGCCUUAUGUGUGUUCUGUGUGUGGAAAGGCCUUCAAACAAUUGUCAACAUUGAGCAGACAUGAAAAAAUUCACCUGGUUGAGAAGCCUUACAAAUGCAAUUUCUGUGGGAAAUCAUUUUGUUCUCCAUCUGAACUGAAGGUGCAUCUUCUCAUUCAUACAGGAGAGAGACCUUACAAAUGUAGCAACUGUUGGAAAGCCUUUUGUACUAAGGUCCAACUGCAAGAGCAUGAGCGAAUUCACACAGGAGAGAGACCUUAUGUGUGCACUCACUGUGGGAAAACCUUUAGAAGCAGAUCAGUUUUUUCUAAACAUAAGUUGAUUCACAGGAAGGAAACACCUUUUGUCUGUGAGAGAUGUGGGAAAGUGUUCUUACAGAAGUCAGAGUUGACAUCUCAUCUACAAACUCACAUUGAGGACAAGCCUUAGGAAUGUCAAGGCUGGAAUAUGGUUUACUCAGAUACACCAACUGAGGGUAUACUGUUGAAUUCACAUGGUGAAGAAGCCUUCCAAAUGUAGUAUCUGUGGGAAAGUCUUGGCUUCUAAUGCCCAACUCCGACAGCAUGAACAAAUGAAUUCACCCAGGAGAGAGACCCUGUUCGUGCUCUGAAUGUGAAAAAAUCUUCAGUAGCAGGUUAACUAUAUAGACUUCACAUGUCUCAUACUAGGGUGAGACCUUUGUUUCUCACAAUGUGGGUCAGAUUUUGCAUCUCAUGAAGGAACUCACAUUGAAGAGAAGUUUUUGAAAUGUCAUGAUUGGGAAAUCAUUCAUUACUACAUCACAGAUCAGUCCCAUCAUUAGUUCAUAGGUGGGGAUGACCUAUGUGUGUUCUAACACAAUUCAACAUAUAUACUACAUGACUAAUACCAGUCAGUUUUUACAGGUGCAGUUUUACAUAACAGGGUUUACUGAGAAAUAAGUUCCUAGCUUAUUAAUAUAUUCCAAAAUGAAAUUUAUUUCUUUAUCUAAUUAAAGUUCAUUUUAUGUGUGAUCUAAUUGCACAUCACCUGAUUCAUAUUACGGAAAACAAAUCUAGUUACUCAUUGAGUGUUUAGACAUAACAAACAUUAUGCAUGAGGAAAGUUUGUCAGAAAUUAACUAAUAAUGAUAAGCACACAUAUUUAUAUUUGUCCUGUUAAAGAUGAAUUUCAUUUCAGGUUGACAUUGAUUAAUUUCAGAAAUGUUUUUGUAGAAUGUGAUAUAAGAUACAUUUUACCAAACUUAGAAAGUUUAUGGGAAAUUAAGUCAGUGAUAUUCCCACUUGUGGGAGUCUAGUAAAACCCUUAAGUACCAGCCAUGAGAAUAGUAGGGAAAUUUUAUAAGUGGGCAUGUGUAUGGAAUACACGCCCCCCACACAUACAUAUAUGUGUAUGUAUGCAUAUGUACACAUGUGCCUGUAUUUGGUCAGUGCCUGUAUGGACUUGUAUGUAUUCCCACAAUUUUGUGAGGUUUUAUAGAAUUAACUGCAUACUAGAAGAGGGUAGUUUAUUAUAAAAAAGUGCAUUCAUUUAUUUUGUAUAUAUUUAUGUACAUGUGCUGCUGUGUAUAUAUUUAUAUGGCUGUCAGGAGAUCAGUGAAUUGGUGAGAAUCAGUAAUCUCACACCAUGUGUAUCCUGGGAAUUGAACUUGGAUUGCCAGGCUUGGUGACCAUCACCGUUACCCAUUGAGCCAUCUUGCUUGCCCUGUAGCUAUUUUUUUUUUUAUUUUUAUUAACAGUCUCUAUCUUGAGCUUACACCAUCAAUAAUUAAUACUUUUUUAUUAUAUGGAUGUACUUUGAAUAAAUGAGUUCUAGGGCAUUCUC